CUCCCACCCCUCCCUGCUCCUCCCGCUCUCGCUCUAUAAAUAUACUGCUCUGCUCCUAGCUACUACCACUAGCGUUAGCACCGUAGCACCACCUCAGCUUGAAGGUCGCAAGCAGAGCAGAGCAGAGCUUCACUCCGCCCGUCGCUGACCGCACCGCUGCGAUGAAGGUGCGGGCGAGGCCGCGGCGGAUCCCGGCGUUCGGCGAGUGGAACUACUACGACGACGGCGGGUACGGGUACGGCGACGGCGCCGGCGACUGGCCGGCCACCCAGUGCUUGGACUCCGCCAUGCAGGCCGGCCUGUUCGUCUCGUUGCCGGCUUCACCGAAGCCACUCAAGAAGGUGGUAAAGUGGGGUGACAGCGGCACGCUGGAGGUGGACGGGGAGCAGAGGCAGAGGCAGAGGCAGAAGGUGGUGGUGGGGCUGCGCGAAGAGCACGGGCCGAGGAAGCAGCAGCAGGGGAAGCCCAUAGAAAUUUACCUGAAAGUGUCUGACGCCGCCGACGCCCACCUCGCCGCGAGCUGCACCAAAACUCGCAGGGCGAGGGUGGUCAAAGCCGUGGACGAGGACCUCUACGUGAUCCCGCCGGACAUGCUCUGCCACAACAACCCACGCAAGAGGCUGACGAAAAGGCUGUGGAUCGGGUGUCUCGGCUGCCUAGGGAUCACAAACCAUCCGGCCUUGGUGUGCGUGCGUGUGGAGAAAGCCAUGGGCCAUGCAUGAUGCUGUCACGCCAUGUCAAACAUCCUCUCUCUCUCUCUGCUGUAGUCGUAGCAUUAUGCGUUUCAUUAGGAUGGAUGGACGGAUGGAUGGACGGAGGGACGGCGACGCCGACGUGAUGCGCGGCAGCGGCAGCGUCAUUUCCCCGUGCCAAACGCCCACUCGAGUGCUGCUUUCUCCCUUCCGUUGCGUGCAUCUUUCCCGAUGGGCUUGCCGCUACUCGAUGUGUCCAUGUAGUUGGGAGACUUGUUCCGUGCCUGUCGAGCAUGCAUGAAAAGGAAGGAAGGAAGAAAGCAGGAGCCAUGGCGGUGGUCUCUUGUUCUCUACGACUCCA